AAGAAAGAAAGUUAAAGGAUGAAAUAGAUGAUUUUUUUUUUGUAGUUUAAGGAGGUAGUAUAAAAACGGUGCCGGAUAUAUAUUUUGAUCGUCUUCGUCUUCGUCUUGCUGGAGUCUAUUGAUUACAGCCAUUGUUGAACGAUGAGGUUGUUGUUGCUCGCCCUCUCGAUCUCCCUCUCCCUCCACCAAUCUCUCUCUUCUUCUUCUUCUUCUUCUUCUUCGAGCCAGUUCAGCAUCGAUGGGAAGGUGUUGGAGCUAGACGAAUCCAACUUCGAUGCCGCCAUUUCCUCCUUUGACUACGUCUUCGUCGACUUCUACGCCCCUUGGUGUGGCCACUGCAAGCGCCUCUCUCCCGAGUUAGACAAAGCUGCUCCCGUUCUUGCUGGAUUGAAGGAGCCCAUAGUAAUUGCAAAAGUAAAUGCCGACAAGUUCCGUAGUCUUGCGAAUAAGUAUGAGAUCGAUGGGUUUCCUACCCUAAAAAUAUUUAUGCAUGGAGUUCCAACAGAUUAUUGGGGCCCCAGGAAAGCAGAUCUACUUGUUCAAUCCUUGAGGAAAUUUGUUGCUCCAGAUGUUGCUGUUCUCAACUCUGACUCUACUAUUAGUGACUUUGUUGAAGCAGCCGGGACUGAUUUUCCUAUCUAUAUAGGCUUUGGCUUAGAUGAAUCUGUGAUAUCAAAUUUGGCAAUGAAGUACAAGACAAAAGCUUGGUUUUCUGUGGCAAAAGAUUUUUCCGAGGACGUCAUGAUGCUGUAUGAUUUUGACAAGGUCCCUGCUUUGGCAUCACUUCAUCCAAGCUACAGUGAACAGAGCUUAUUUUAUGGCCCCUUUGAAGAUCAAUUCUUGGAGGAUUUUGUGAAGCAGAAUCUGUUCCCUCUGGUUGUUCCCAUAAAUUAUGACACACUAAAGUUGUUGAAAGAUGAUGAGAGGAAAAUUGUUCUGACGAUUGUGGACGAUGUGGAAGACGAGAAAUCAAAAGUAUUAAUCACGAUACUGAGGGCUGCUGCCUCUGCAAACCGUGAUUUGGUAUUUGGCUACAUCGGGGUCAACCAGUGGGAAGACUUUGCUGAAACAUUUGAAGUUUACAAGGAAACCAAAUUGCCAAAAAUGGUUGUUUGGGAUGGAAAUGAGGAGUACUCUACAGUUAUAGGUUCAGAAAGCAUCGAUGAACAAGAUCAAGGAUCCCAAAUCAUGCGCUUUCUGGAAGGAUACAGAGAAGGAAGUGUAAUACAUAAACAAGUGAGUGGUCCAACGUUUAUGGGGUUCAUCCACUCACUGCUCGGAAUCAGAACUCUGUACAUUGUUGUUUUUGUGGGUGCUGUCAUUGCGUUUUUCCUAAUUAUCACCAAAGAGGAACCUCUCACUGUUGGUACGCGGGACCGCGUUGAUCAUGCAAGCAGCAGCUCUACGUCUCAGGGUGAGAGCAACGAGGUGCAUCGAUUUGGAGAGAAGGAAGACUAAACUCAGGUUUUGCUGGACUCUUAACUCAAUAUUGCUGCUUUACGCAUGAAAGCAGGGUUUUAGAUGCAUUAGUGAUUUUCAUUCGAUAAUGCAAGAGAAUUGUUAAAAAAAAUUCUUUUUUGCUUCCAAUUUCGGUGUUAAAAAGUGCAGUGUAUUGUAAUAUUUAGGUUACAUGUCUCUGUUGCAUUGUUUGCCUUGAUUGGUGAACAGAAAUGAUUAUUGGCCCUUGGAUCUUUAAUUUUGUUGAUAAAUUUACUGCAGAUUUAUUUA